AUGUCGUCACAAAUCCCCUAUCGUCUAUCUAUACGCCUUCGACCCGCCGUUUCUGCAACUCCAUCUCCAUCUCCAUCACAAAUCUUUGACGCUUCAGACCGACCCAGUACUCCAUUAUCUGAGGCGGGCGAUAGGAACACAAAUUUUAAUGAUUUGAGCAUUGAACUGCGUCGCAGGAUAUGGGAAAUUACAAUGCAACCAAGGGUGGUCGAGAUGCGUCCUUGUCGUCUCAAAAAGACACGACUAGAGUUGUAUGAGGAAAUGAUUUUGGAACGACCAAACGAACUGCCUCAUUACACCUUUCAACAACUUGGUCCACUCGCAAGGGAAAGAUGCCUUGAUUUGCAACAGAAAUACACAAAAGAGAACUGCGGUCGAUCUCGAUUAAAAGAAAUUCAAAGACUACCGAUAUUGGUCAACAAGGCGAUCAAAGUUUUAGUCAAAACUGCUGGCGAGGAUCCGAAUUACCUUUUUGACCUAGAAUCCAUCAUUUCCGCGUUCUUAUCGGUCAAUAUUCCAUUGGACUACAUGCCCUGUAUACUCGAGAUGACUACACUGGAGUUAAUUAUCUUCGUCAAAUUAACAUUCCCCUCUGACGUGACUCCUGAUUUCAAGUACGAGGACGAUUCGGACCAAGAAUAUGACUACAAAUGUCUUUCGAGAGGAAUAUGGGGGCUGAGUACAGAGACUCCUACCCCAAAUAUAUUAUUGGUCUGCCGAGAGUCCUACGAAGUUGGAAUCCGGCAUUACAAAAGAUGCUUCCUCCCAUAUCAAAGUGCCCCGGGAGCUUGGUUUGAUCUUGAAAGGGACACCCUAAUAUUCAGAUCUGAUGGAAACGAGGGAGGGACGCCUGAUUGGGCUUAUGGCCAAGCUUGGCUCACAGCAUACGGGCAUUUCGAAAAAACGCUCCGGGACUGCUGUGACUAUACGAAGCUCGCAAUGGAGCUGAAAAAUGUGUCUGUGAUUGUUCAUCCAAGUCUCAAGGCGCUUUAUCACGGCUACUACUUGACUUUGUGUCUCGGGAAAGUGCAUGAGAUGUUCCUGUGUCUGAACAAAUGCUCCAUGAUGCACACACUAUACACACGAAAUGACGACGACGUUGAGGAAAGCGCACUCUUACCACUCCUGGACUGUGCUGAAGCUUGGGAAUCUUACAAUGCUAUAACACCGAGACGCUGGCAAUUCACUCGCAAGCCCUCGAUGCAGGUAACUCCCAGCUUAGACGAUCUACCGGCAGAGUACUUUGUACUGGAUAUUGGAGAUAACGGAUUGGUAUGCGCGUCGUGGACAAGAGAAAAUGACAAAGGAGUCUUUCGAGAAUUCAAAUUCUUCGACGACAUCGUUGCUGCCAGAAAGUUUGCCGCACGGAGUGUGAAACUUGUCGUGAAGAAAAAGCCUGUCGUACCCGUGCCGAGAAUCAUUUUGAACACCAAAUUCAAGGCGAGAAUGAAGGAAAUGGAGUGCUCUGCAGAGUCUUCGACUGGAGAUACGGGUUGUGUGAAGUCUAAUAUGGUUAGGUCAGAGGUCGCGUCGACUGCUAGUAAUGGUUCGAAGUCUGAUUAUGGUACACGUACUCCUGGUUCUCAUGGCAUGGAGAACAACAGCAAUCCUUCUCGUAGACAAACGAGAUCCAUGACCAAAUUGUGGUCUGGUGAUAGCGAAGCAAAAAUGACUGAGUAA